GUGAAAGUAAGGGUGUGGUCUACGCAUUUACAAAACAGCUGUGAAAAUGUAGCGCACGUAUCUCGGCAACAUUAGAAGUAAGAUAAAUGUGUUGAUUUGAAGGACAGACGGGCAGACUCUGGGGUCAGUGCUCUAAAAUGGGGAACAGUCUAUCUGGGGAGAGAGCGGACGGGGCCCCUGCCUCUAAAAUGCAUCUCUCUGGGGGACAUGACACCAAAGCUACGAGCCCAAUCAAGCAGGAGAGACCAGUCUCCCCUGUACCCAGCUGUGUGUCCAUGAAGAGUGACCAGUCUAUGAAACCUCCUAUAAAGUUUAGAGAGGGAGACUUUUCUCCAGAACAAAGCCCAAUCAAGCAGGAGAGACCAGUCUCCCCUGUACCCAGCUGUGUGUCCAUGAAGAGUGACCAGUCUAUGAAACCUCCUAUAAAGUUUAGAGAGGGAGACUUUUCUCCAGAACAAAGCCCAAUCAAGCAGGAGAGACCAGCCUCCCAUGUACCCAGCUGUGUGUUCAUGAAGAGUGACCAGUCUAUGGAUCAUCCUAUAAUGUUUAGAGAGGGAGACUUUUCUACUGAACAAAGGGGUCAGUGCUCUAAAAUGGGGAACAGUUUCUCUGCGGAGAGAGAGGACGGGGCCACUGCCUCUAAAAUGUAUCUCUCUGGGGGACAUGACACCAAAGCUACGAGCCCAAUCAAGCAGGAGAGACCAGCCUCCCCUGUACCCAGCUGUGUGUCCAUGAAGAGUAACCGGUCUAUGGGUCUACCUAUACUGUUUAGAGAGGGAGACUUUUCUCCAAAACAAAGCCCAAUCAAGCAGGAGAGACCAGCCUCCCCUGUACCCAGCUGUGUGUCCAUGAAGAGUAACCGGUCUAUGGGUCUACCUAUACUGUUUAGAGAGGGAGACUUUUCUCCAAAACAAAGCCCAAUCAAGCAGGAGAGACCAGCCUCCCCUGUACCCAGCUGUGUGUCCAUGAAGAGUAACCGGUCUAUGGGUCUACCUAUACUGUUUAGAGAGGGAGACUUUUCUCCAAAACAAAGCCCAAUCAAGCAGGAGAUACCAGCCUCCCCUGUACCCAGCUGUGUGUCCAUGAAGAGUGACCAGUCUAUGGAACUACCUAUACUGUUUAGAGAGGGAGACUUUUCUCCAGAACAAAGCCCAAUCAAGCAGGAGAGACCAGCCUCCCCUGUACCCAGCUUUGUGUCCAUGAAGAGUAUCUGGUCUAUGCGUCUACCUAUAGAGUUUAGAGAGGGAGACUUUUCUACUGAACAAAGAAACCAACUGGAGAGAUCAGAGUCAGAGAUUCUCAGUGGUCAGUCUUCCCAGAGUCAUCAAACAGACCUGGCCUUCAUAUUUAGUUUGCUUGAAGAGAAUAUUAUGACAUUUAUGAAGAAUGAACUGAAGAGGUUCAAGAGUAUUCUUAGUCCAGAACUCCCAGAAGGCUUUGAGAGUCAGAAGCAGGACAAGGAAGUGGUGGAUGCUGAAGAUGAGAAGCAGGAGAGAAGUGCCAGAAAGGGGGCUCUGAAGAUCACACUGCACGUCCUGAGGAAAAUGAACCAGAAGGAGCUUGCUGAUACACUGGAGAAAAAUGAGCUUGCUGUGAUUUGCCAACGUGAACUCAAAUCUAAUCUAAAGAAGAAGUUUCAAUGUGUAUUUGAGGGGAUCGCUAAACAAGGAAACCCAACACUUCUCAAUAAGAUCUACACAGAGCUCUACAUCACAGAGGGUGGAACAGGAGAGGUCAAUAAUGAACAUGAGCUGAGACCGAUUGAGACAACAACCAGGAAACAAGCAAGACCAGAGACUGCAAUCAAAUGUAACAACAUCUUCAAACCCUUAACUGGACAAGACAAACGUAUCAGAAGGCUGACAAAGGGAGUCGCUGGCAUUGGAAAAACAGUCUCUGUGCAGAAGUUCAUUCUGGACUGGGCUGAAGGAAAAGCCAAUCAGGAUGUCCAAUUUGUAUUUUCAUUCCCUUUCCGGGAGCUGAAUUUAAUGAAAGGGGAUGAACACACUUUCAUUGAACUUCUUAAUCACUUCUCAAUGGAAACCAAACAAUCAAGAAUCUCCAACUAUGACAAGUACAAAGCUCUGUUCAUCUUUGAUGGUCUGGAUGAGUGCCGACUGCACCUAGACUUCCAGAAGAACAAGAUCUGUUGGGACAUCACAGAGUCAACCUCAGUGGAUGUUCUGCUGACAAAUCUCAUCAUGGGAAAUCUGCUUCCCUCUGCUCUCCUCUGGAUAACUACCCGACCUGCAGCAGCCAAUAAGAUCCCUUCAGGGUGUUUUGACCAGGUGACAGAGGUACAAGGGUUCAAUGACACACAGAAGGAGGAGUACUUCAGGAAGAGAUUCAGUGAUGAGGACCUGGCCAGCAGAAUCAUCUCACACAUAAAGACAUCAAGGAGCCUCCACAUCAUGUGCCACAUUCCAGUCUUCUGUUGGAUUUCUGCAAUAGUCCUUGAACACAUGCUGAAACAUAAGCGAGAAGAGAUGCCCAAGACUCUGACUGAGAUGUACACACACCUUGUGGUGUUUCAUACCAAACAGAAGAAUGAAAAGUAUCUUGGGACAGAAAAGACAGGUCCACACUGGAAUAAAGAGAGUAUUCUGUCACUGGGAAAACUGGCUUUUCAACAGCUUGUGAAUGGCAAUCUGAUUUUCUAUGAAAAAGACUUGAAAGAGGCUGGCAUUGAUGUUAAUGAAGCCUCAGUGUACUCAGGAUUGUGCACACAGCUCUUUAAAGAGGAAUGUGGGCUGUACCAGGAGAAGGUGUACUGCUUUGUUCAUAUGAGCAUUCAGGAGUUUCUGGCUGCUGUAUAUGUGCUCCUCUCAUUCAUCAACAACAAUGAGAAUGUAAUGGACAAACUACAAACCAAGUCCAGUAUCUUUUCUUUGCUGUUCAGAGACAAGCCUGAAGUUACUUUAUACAAGAGUGCUGUGGAUAAAGCCUUACAAAGUGAGACGGGAAACCUGGACCUUUUCCUCCGCUUCCUUCUGGGACUCUCACUGGAGUCCAAUCAGAAGCACUUACGAGGUCUACUGACAAAGACAAGAAGCAGCUCACAGACCCAUGAAGAAACAGUCAAGUACAUCAAGGAGAAAAUCAGGAAGAAUCCUUCUCCAGAGAGGUGCAUCAAUCUGUUCCACUGUCUGAAUGAACUGAAUGACCAUUCUCUAGUGGAGGAGAUCCAAAGCUACCUGAGCUCAGGAAGUCUCUCAGAAGACAAACUGUCACCUGCACAGUGGUCAGCUCUGGUCUUUGUGUUACUGACUUCAGAAAAGGAGCUGGGUGUGUUUGACCUGAAGAAAUACUCCAGAUCAGAAGAAGGUCUUCUGAGGCUGCUGCCAGUGGUCAAAGCCUCCAGAGCUGCUCUUCUGUCAGGCUGUCUUGUCACAGAGAAAGGCUGUACUUCUCUGAUCUCAGCUCUGAGGUCAAACCCCUCACACCUGAGAGAGCUGGAUCUGAGUAACAAUGACCUGAAGGAUUCAGGAGUGAAGCUGCUCUCUGCUGGACUGGGGAAUCCCCACUGUAAACUGGAGACUCUGAGGCUGUCAGACUGUCUAGUCACAGAGGAAGGCUGUGCUUCUCUGGUCUCAGCUCUGAGGUCAAUCCCAACACAUUAUUUGUGCACAGGUUACAGUGUAAGCAGGGAAAGCUAAGCGUAACACUUUAAUACAACCUGUCUGUCAUUGUAUUUCUUCUGUGUUCGCAGACUCACUGGCUGUAAACUCACAGACACAUCCUGUAAAGUGUUGGCCUCAGUUCUCAGUUCAAACCCCUCACACCUGAGAGAGCUGGAUCUGAGUAACAAUGACCUGAAGGAUUCAGGAGUGAAGCUGCUCUCUGCUGGACUGGGGACUCCCCACUGUAAACUGAAGACUCUGAGACUGUCAGGCUGUCUAGUCACAGAGGAAGGCUGUGCUUCUCUGGUCUCAGCUCUGAGGUCAAACCCCUCACACCUGAGAGAGCUGGACCUGAGCUACAAUCACCCAGGAGACUCAGGAGUCAGACUGCUCUCUGCUGGACUGGAGGAUCCACACUGCAGACUGGAUAAACUCAAUGUGGAACAUGGUGGAGAGUACACAAUGAAACCUGGGCUUAGAAAAUAUGUCUGUGAUCUCACAAUGGACCCAAACACGGCACACAGACUCCUCUCUCUGUCUGAGGAGAACAGAAAAGUGACAUGGAGGAGAAAGAAGCAACAGCCGUAUCCUGAUCACCCAGAGAGAUUUAAGGACUGGCAGCAGGUGCUGUGUAGAGAGGGUCUGACUGGGCGCUGUUACUGGGAGGUAGAGUGGAGUGGGAGAGGUGCUGUUAUAGGAGUGACAUAUAAAGGAAUUAGCAGGAGAGGAAUCAGCAGGAGAGGAGAGUUUAAUGACUGUUGUCUUGGAUACAGUGACAAGUCCUGGAGUCUGGACUGCUCUGAGAAAAGUUACACUGCCUGGCACAAUAAUAAUGACACUACCAUAGACGUCCCCUCCUCCAGCCCCCACAGAGUAGGAGUGUAUCUGGACUGGCCAGCCGGCACUCUGUCCUUCUAUAGAGCUUCCUCUGACACACUGACCCACCUGUACACAUUCACCUCCACAUUCACUGAGCCUCUUUAUCCAGGGUUUUAGGUUUGGUAUGUUGACUCUUCAGUAUCCCUGGAAAUAAUAACCUGACACACACACACACACACACACACUGGACACACACACACACUGGACACACACACGCACUGGACACACAUACACACUGGACACAUACACACACACACACACUGGACACAUACACACACACACUGGAUACACAAUCACACACUGGACACACACACACACACACACACUGGACACACUGGACACACACACACACACACACACACACACACAAACACAAUCUUGUAUAGCUAACCUUGUGGGAACAUACAAUUCAGUCCCAUGAAAAAUCCAAUUUUCCCUUACCCCCAACCCUAAACCUAACCCGUAUCCUUACCUUAACCCUAACCCUAAACCUUCGCCCCUAACCCUAAACAAGGGCUUAAUGUGCCCCAGCUGUGGGGCAAGAUGUGAUGAAUUGGGCUGGAGGGAAAUUUGAACCCGUACCUUACCUCGGUACCUCUUUGUCCAUCAAAGGGCGAUGGCUCAACGUGUAGCGCACGAGCCUCAUCUGCCAACCCAGGUUCGAUCCCCACCUAGGAUAUGCCCGAGGUGUAAGGCCCAAAGCACAAAUGGGACAAAAGACCCAGCCUUUUUUAAAUCCAGAACAUGGGCUCAAAAGCCAGGCCCUCCCCAGGGCUUAACAACCUCCAAUCGGUCGCCGAAGGGAUGGUCACCUUCGGAGGCUUCGAACCGUGGUUCUGAAGGACCCAGAACCCUCGAAACAGCCCGUUUCUAAAUAUCUGCACGGUCUAGAAGUUUGCCACCAUCCCCGGAUCUCUAGGAAAUGGUUAUCUGUUUGUCGAAACCCAGGUUUCUGAAAUCGGUCCGGUUCCAGUCUAGUCAACCCGGAGCUAAGUGUGUACACUACCGGACUAGGUGCAUUAUCGACAUAAGCCCUGUCACCUACAGGGUUUCAGUGUUGCUCUGCCGUCAGGGGUCAAAUCCCCCAAUCACCGUUUUGGUCUUUAACCAUUAAUAACUCAAAAAGUAAAUGUACAAUCUGGAUGGGACUGUUUUUGCACGAAAGGGCACAAAUAGACGCACAUUUCCAUGUAAUCAAAACCGUUUUUCAAUAAAAUCAUGUAGGUAAUGAAAAUAAGUGCAGGGGGCAGGGGGGAAUAGCUUCCGGGUGGACUGGGUCCUUUCCUUUUCCCUUUAGUGGGAUAAUUUUCGUAACAGCCGCUGAAUUGCAGAGCACCAAAUUCAAAAAAAAUACUAAAUAUAUUUAUAAUCAUGAAAUCACAAGUGAAAUAUACCAAAACACAGCUUAGCUUGUUGUUAAUCCACCUAUCAUGUCAGAUUUAGAAAAUAUGCUUUACAGCGAAAGCAAUCCAAGCGUUUGUGCGUUUAUCAAUCAUUAGACAAAACAGUAAGAACAGCUAGCCGCAAAUUAGCUUGGUCACGAAAGUCAGAAAAGCAAUAAAAUUAAUCGCUUACCUUUGAUGAUCUUCGGAUGUUUAAACUCACGAGACUCCCAGUUACACAAUACAUUUUAUUUUUGUUUGAUAAAGAUUAGUUUUAUAACCAAAAACUGCCAUUUGGUUUGCGCGUCAUGUUCAGAAAACCACAGGCUCGUUCCGGUCCUGAAGGGCAGACGAAAAUUUCAAAAGUAUCCGUAAUGUUCAUAGAAACAUGUCAAACGUUUUUUAUAAUCAAUCCUCAGGUUGUUUUUAAGCCAAGUGUAUUCCUUCUCCGACAUCACAAUUCUGCAUUCCCUGAAGCUAUAGUUUGUUUUGUGGCUUGCAACGCACAGCUGGUAUCCCCCAUUUUCCAGGGUUACUUCCAUAAAAUCCCUCUCACUGAACAUGGUGACUGGGGAUUGCCUAGUGCCAUUAAAUAUGGCCAACCGGCUGGUCAUGAGAGCCGCAAACCUACGUCUGUCAGAUCAGGUUGCUCGGACAUCCAGUCUAUUGAGAACCGAAGGAAUAGACUGAUUACUUAGCUCGACAAACCGGGUUAACUCCGCAGCGUUGAGCACCUCGUCUCUACAGCGUUUGUGAAAUUUUGCCCUGUGCGCUGCCUGGGUCUUCCGCAAAUCCCGAUCCAUCUUUGCCAAGCAACCUUUCUAAUUCCACCGGCUUUAGCCCGCAGAAUCUUCAAUCGGAACUGCAGAAGAUACUUCAGAAAACUUUGAACAUCGGCCCGAUAGAUUUUUAAUGUGGAUGGUGCCAAACCACGGUCUUCACAUUGGCUAUACCACUCCGACACACGUCUGUAAUUAUCCAGGGAACACAGUCCUUCAUCGGUGUCACGUUCACUGUCUUCAAACUCCCUGUCAUAGAUGAGCGAAGGCGCAGCGUGUAAUUCCACAUUUCUUUUAAUCAUAGUGAAACCUUCACAAAAAGAACAGGUAAACAGAAACAAAUGUGACGCAACCGUGGCGCACACACA